AUAAGCUAGGUUAUUGCGCCCCUAAACCAACGUACUGACAACGCUACCUCCCCGGAACUCAAACUUUAACCUAGAGAAGAUCAAGAAGAUGUCAAGACUCACUGAUGUAUAUGCAUUUAUCCGAGGUCUUGAAGUCAUCACCAGAGCAACAACAUCCAAGCAGGAAAGACUCCUGAAACAUGUGUGGAAAAAUUCAAGUUUUCGGUCCGCUGUCCAGGGUACUGGGGCAAGAGCUGAAGAAUGCCUGAGUGGUGUUGUAUCGAGGGCUGGAGCAAAGGGAGGGGGACUGGAGAAUGUGUCCAUGAAAGCCUCACUUGCCUUUGAUAACAUCAAAGCAACCAGCAAUGACUUUUUGGAUCAACUAACGGGAAAAACACGCCGGGAACAGUUACAAAAUCUGGAUGAUUUGCUUGAUGAAGAUUUGGUUGCAAAGAGUGGAAUAUCUGACAUGAGUUUUGCAGACGGUGCAGAUUUAAAACUAGAUGACAAUCCCGAUGUCUACAAUAUGGAGCAUAGCGGAUUUGAUUCGUCUCUCCCGAGGAAGCCGUCAAUGUUGAACAGAAUGGAUGGGAUUUCCUCAAGUACCCAUGCCAAAAAUAGAACUCCAAAGGAUAAAAAUGGAAUGUCUCAUAAUCAUCAACGGAACUUUCAUUAUGAUUCGACUGUCAGUGAAGUUUCUGCAGACGAUUUUAAAAAGCAGCAGACGGGUGGUGGGUCCAAAAAGAAACCACAAUUAUACAAGAGAAAACUUAUAAAAACUCAGCUUAGUGAACGGUCCCAAGAGAGAGCAGUUCCAGCUUCCAGAAUAAGCCGAAUUGCAAGCUUUGGAUCCUUGGCUGCUGGUCUCAGUGUAGGUGCCUUGGGAGAAUUGGCUAAGAGGGCAUUAGGUGCGGGUGAAAAUGGAAAGGGCACAGCCAUUCUCGACAAUAGUCCAUUCCUGACUGAGGCGAAUGCUGAAAGAAUUGUCAACACGUUGUGCAGAGUGAGAGGGGCGGCACUCAAACUGGGCCAGAUGCUUAGCAUACAAGACAACUCCUUGAUCAACCCUCAGCUGCAAAGGAUAUUUGACAGAGUACGACAGAGUGCUGACUUUAUGCCAUUAUGGCAAAUGAAGAAAGCGUUGGUAGCAGAGUUUGGCCCCAACUGGAAGGAUAAGGUCGAAGAGUUUGAUGAGAAGCCUUUCGCCGCAGCGUCCAUUGGGCAGGUUCAUAGAGCCAAGUUACUUGACGGGAGGGAGGUAGCAAUGAAAAUACAGUAUCCUGGGGUAGCAGCUAGCAUAGACAGUGAUAUCGAUAAUCUGAUGUCAGUGAUGUCAGUCUCUAAUAUUCUACCAAAGGGCUUGUACGUAGAAAGUGCAAUGAAAGUUGCCAGGAAAGAACUUGCUUGGGAAGUUGAUUACAUCAGGGAAAAGGAGUCUGCAGCGAGAUUCAGGGAGCUAUUAAAAGAUGACCCGGUUUUCUACGUGCCUGAAAUCAUCUCCGAUCUCAGUUCUAAGCAAGUCCUUACAUCAGAGCUAGUCUACGGUCUUCCUUUGGAUCAGUGUGCCAAGUUUGACCAAGAGACCAGAAAUGAGAUUUGCAUGAAUAUUCUGCGACUGUGCCUGCUCGAGCUGUUCGAGUUCAACGUGAUGCAGACAGACCCGAAUUGGUCUAACUUCCUCUAUGAUCCAGAAACCAAGCAGAUAAUCCUGUUGGAUUUUGGUGCUACCCGUGAUUUCUCCAAGACGUUUGUUGAUGAUUACAUCCGAGUCAUAAAGGCUGCUUCCGUAGGGGACACGGGAGAAGUGUUGGAGCGUUCGCGCAAUCUGGGAUUCCUGACUGGUUAUGAAACUAAGGUGAUGGAGGAAGCCCAUAUUGAAGCUGUGAUGAUCCUCGGGGAAGCAUUCGCCAGCGAUGGACCAUUCGAUUUUGGUGGCCAAGAUAUCACAGUUCGAAUCAACAAUCUUGUACCAGUCAUGCUCAAACAUAGACUAACAGCACCUCCCGAAGAAACAUAUUCACUGCACAGGAAAAUGUCGGGGGCAUUCCUGCUCUGCACAAAACUGAAUGCAAAAAUUGACUGUCAGCCAAUGUUCGAGAAAUUCUGGAAUAAUUACGAAUUUGACUCUUGAGGAUAAUGGACUUUGGUUUAAGUUCAAUGGCUGUAUGAAGUAACAUCCGUGUGUGUGUGUGUAGUAAUGUCUCAAUCACAGUGCAACAUCAGUCUAUCUGUGCAUGUAGAACAGUGCAUAUCAACUCAACUCCUGAGGCAAUUUUUGACAAUCUUUGAUUUGAAAAUUUAUGUUUGCAGUGCUGUGGACAAUUGUGUUAACUCCAAACUUACAGGACAUGUAUCAGUUCCAUUUGGACAAAAUUGGAUAUUUCGGUAAAAGAUACUUUGGAUUAGUUUGCAAAGGGUUCCAGCUUGAAAAUUAUGUAUAUUAGAUAAGUGGUGUGGGUAAAAUGUUUCGCAAGAUACACAAGUGUCCAUGUUUUCAUGCUAUGGAAGUCCUUGACUCUCAUAUCAUAUCAUUACCGGCAUCGUAACCCUAUUGGAUUUUUGCCGGAGGUAUGGAGUCCACUAUAGGCUACUGUCCACCUAUGUAGGAUCUUUUACUUGCCCUGGCAUAGACACUCAGGUACAAGGGACCACGGCUUUUAGUCUCAUCCGACAGACCCUCGAGUAUUUCAUACGUUAAUAUACGUGUUGUGAAGAGCCAGGAAUUUUUAGUUCCUUGAAAGCCACGCCGGUUCAUCCAGAAAUACAAUCCUGGGUUCUCCCCGGGAUCGAACCCGGGCCCUAUUGCGUGGUAGCCAGCAGUGUUAACCACUACGCUAUGAGGCUCCUUCGUGCUUGUGCUCAUGAAAGUGUUGCUGUAGGCUAAACAACAGUGAUUGAUAGCCAGCCGCCUAAGCUUCACCAGCACUGUGAUCCUUCAGAAAGACAGGUUACCACUAGAAGAAAACCAUUGUAAGUGUUGUAUAUAAAUAAAAUCAAUAAAGAAGA